UAAUAACAAUUGCAUGUUUACAGCCGCACGCCGUUAGUUCGCAUUGAGCAGCCGAGUAAUACGCAUAAGCCCGAGACGAACAUCAUGGCCAGCGGUGGUUUUAAUCGUGUGCUAUCAAUCCAAAGCCAUGUCGUUCAUGGACAUGUGGGAAACAAGAGCGCUGUCUUUCCCCUGCAGGUGCUCGGGUUCGAAGUGGAUCAAAUCAAUUCGGUACAGUUUUCGAACCACACCGGGUACAAAAACGGUUUCAAGGGGCAGGUGCUGAACGAGAAGGAACUGGCGGACGUCUACGCCGGACUGGUGGACAAUGAUUUGCACAAACUUUACACCCAUCUGCUCACUGGAUACGUGGGCAAUCCGGCGUUCCUCCGCGAGAUCGCAACCAUUCUCAAAUCUCUACGCGCUGUGAACGAGAAGCUGAUUUACGUAUGCGACCCGGUGAUGGGAGACGAUGGCAUAAUGUACGUGCCGAAGGAAUUGCUUCCUAUUUAUCGCGAUGAAAUUGUUCCACUCGCUGACAUCAUCACGCCGAACCAGUACGAAGUGGAGCUACUGACUGGAAAGGAGAUCAAAACGGAGACGGACAUUUGGGAUGCAAUGCAAUGGUUUCACGAGAAAGGCGUCCGAACGGUUGCCAUUUCAUCGUCCGAGCUGGGAGCGAAAGAUACACUGCUGGCGUAUGUUAGCAAUCGCACCACCACGGCCGGAACGGAAAAGUACCGACUAAGCAUUCCGAAGCAGGGCAACAACGUUAUCCGCUUCACCGGUACGGGUGAUCUGUUUGCAUCGCUCUUUUUGGCACACUCCACACUGACGAACUACGAUAUUGGUGCUACACUGGAGCGAGCAAUUGCCACGCUGCAAGCGGUAAUUACGAAGACGCUAAGCUUCAUCCCGGAACCGGUACUCCAGGGUAAAGUGGCCGUAACGUCGCAAGAACGGGAGCUGAAGCUGAUCCAAAGUAAGGCCGAUAUCGAACAGCCGAAGAUUACUUUAAAGUGUGAAAAGAUUUAAAGACCGUUAUGGCGAAUUUUGUGACC